UGGCAGGUCAUCAAAGCGCAUGCGCUGAUGCUGUAGCAGGUUACACGAGUUUAUUUUCAGCCUUUUUCUUGGAGGUGGUGGUGUAAACCAACCGUGUUGGACUCUUGUGGUUUAUUGCAAUGAUCUCCCUUGACUUUUGGAAUUAAACCCUGAGAGGCAAAGUGCCCGGAGCACCAAGGUUUGGAAACGUAACUGUGACAUGUGAAAUGUUGCUGCGUGGUUUGUCGGUUUUUCCAGGCGGCGACGGACAGACCAAGCCAGGCUAGUUUAAGCUAGUUUAGCUGCCAGCCAAGCAGCUCCAAUAUCCAUCGGUAACCCCUCUACUGGCUAGGCGUGUUGCAGUAUCUAAACAGCAUUUAUUUACAGAUUGUAAACUGUAAUAUCAUCUAAGGAUUCAUACAGUGUCACACCAGGCUGUUUGAGUGUGCACGCAGGACGUCGGGGGAAGCUAAUGCUAGCUACUGCUGUGGUAAAGGUCCACAAAAGCUAGUGACAUACACCAUAAAAGACUCCUUGUACAUAUAUUGACUGUUGAAUCAGUGCAGCGCUGAUACAUGCUAACUGUUAGCUAGCAGUUCACGUCGCACUACAGCAGACACAUUGUUUUGGCUGACAUGGCAGCCAGCGGGUACUCUGACCUGAGGGAGAAGCUGAAAUCCAUGACCCCACACAGGGACGAGCUCAAGAAUAAAUACGUGGACGGGACGAGUAACGGCAGCAGCGGAAAAGCUCCAAAACGCAAGAUCCGAGAGUCCGACGACGAUGAGUUUGAGCACAGCGAUGACUGCGCGGAGAACAGGGAGCAGGAGGCCAGCCGGGUGAAGAGCAGCAUCCUGCAGGAGAGCAUCUUCACCCCAGAGGAGUGCGCCCUCAUCGAGGAGAAGAUCGACGACGUGGUUUCCAGAGGAGAGGCUGGACUUUACCGGGAUCACACCGUGGACAGGGCGCCCCUCCGCAACAAGUACUUCUUCGGGGAGGGCUACACAUACGGGUCCCAGCUGGAGAAGCGUGGCCCGGGGCAGGAGAGGCUGUACCGCAAAGGAGAGGUGGACGACAUCCCAAGCUGGGUGCACGACCUGGUGAUCAAGCGCCUGGUGUCAAGUGGAGUUGUCCCUGAAGGGUUUGUCAACAGUGCAGUCAUCAAUGAUUAUCAACCAGGAGGCUGCAUUGUGUCACACGUGGAUCCUCAACACAUCUUUGCACGGCCCAUCGUAUCCGUAUCCUUCUUCAGUGACAGCGCGCUAUGCUUCGGAUGCCGCUUCCAGUUCAAACCCAUCCGCGUGUCGGAGCCGGUGUUUGUCCUGCCCGUGAGGAGGGGGAGCGUCACGGUCCUCAGUGGUUAUGCAGCUGAUGAUAUCACCCACUGUAUCCGACCCCAAGACAUCAAGGAGCGUCGUGCGGUGAUCAUACUAAGAAAGACCAGACCUGACGCUCCACGAGUCGACUCUGGCAGCCCUAUCAUCUCUUCUCCUGCAGAGAGACCCAUUCUGAAGGCCAAACGCUCUCAUCGCAGAGCAACACCAGAUGCUGCUCACAGGCCGAGGGUACUGGAGAUGGACAAAGAGGAGAACAGACAUCCAUCAAACUCCCGUCAUCGUCGUCAUAGUAUCAGCUCAGAGAACUACGGGAGACGUGGACAAGACUCCGACAAACACCGGGAGAGCUCAGGACGCAAAGUCAAGAUGAGACGGCACUAAGCACUUCUCAAUCACACAUGUACACAUAUAAAUAUAAACCCUUUCUUUAUGCAUUUCAAUAUUGUAACCUCUUUUGACCAGUCAUCAUUUUCUCACUCUAGUUUAUGUCUGGCACAAGGAGCACAGUAAUCAUAUUGUCUGUUUUGGUUUGAGUCCGGGUCAGUCCGAGUGCAUUAUUUUUUUCCUGCAGACAAAGCGUGUGUCUGCUGCACAGUUCGGAACCUGAUGUAACAACACUACACUAAGGCUCUGUUGUUAAAUUCCCUUUAAUCCAACUUUUCUUGUUCUAUGUCGACAAACAUUUCAGAGUGGCAUGUAUUUUUUGUAACCAAGAUGUACAGACCACAAGAGCUAAAGAAAAGAUGUAUGAAUGGACUUGUACAAAAGAAACCCUGAGCUGUAAUCUAACUUGUUAUAAUGUACAAUAUAAUUGUAUAGCCUUUCAUUGGGGGAACUUUUAUGCAGAAAGAAAGUUGUGAUUUAUUUGAACCUACAUUUCUGAUCCUCACCGUUAAUGUGUCAUCACACCCCUUUGCUCACUUCGGCCUCCCUGUCACAGUUUAAUUUAAAAACACCUGGCAGAUGUUCAGCCAUCCUGUUCUGUUUUAUCAUUUGAUUCAGCUGUAUGUCUCCUCUUGGGGGAAGUCACAAUAUGGUACAUCGACUAAACCAAUGUUUAAUGGAGCGGUGAAAACCUCAGUGCUUGUCUUGGGCUCCUGUUUCAGUUUGAAGUUGCUUUACCUUGUAUAGUGACAGGGGCCAUGUUAUUGCUGUUCUGUAUUAAAUCAAAAAUGUUCCUCAAUUCAAUUGGGUGAUAUUUGGGUCAGACAGAACAAAACAAACUUGUUUAACUUGUGUCUGAACACACAAAUGAGAAGGAAACUUCCAGAAUAAUUUGUCUUUGCAAUUUGCUUUGUAAACACAGAUUAAAAUUGCUUCCAGUCAACCAUAACAGGCAGAGGUAAUUAUUUGCUGACUGCUAGUCUAGUCUGGAGUUACACAUGGACACAAAUAUCCCUGGUUAAUAGAAUAAAAUACUCUCUUAAAGCAGGGGGGGUAAUGGUUUUCUAAAGCUAAGCUACAGCUGUGAACUUAAUAUUAGCAAAUGUAUACUUGGUAGCCUGCAACACCAUCUCCACAGAUUUGGUUUGCUAUUCAUUCAAAAUGAGUAAUUUACUCCUAAAAUCAUUAUUUCUAUAUCAAUCACUCACCACCAGUCAGCCUGAAAUUGUGAACAAAGUUAUUUUCUUCCUGCAUGACUUCACGGUGAGUGAAAAAACCCAAAAUGGAGGAAAUUCUUGAUGAUUUGAAUUAAUUAGGAUGCUGUGCUAAAGAACAAUGAAACUUAAAAAACACCUUUCAUUUCCAUUUCCCCCAAAACGUUAAUAAAUAAAUCAGCUCCAAAUAAAGUGCGUUCGAAAGUUCAAAUAACUGUCCAAUCGGAAGUGGGGAAUCAGUGCUUAGAAAGUGCUCAGCUUUGUCAAACUAAUACACUAUAUUAAAUCUGCAGUGAUUGACAGAGAACUAGUUGCCAACUGUUUCCGUAACCCUCAAAUGAUUAUCUUGUUGAGUAAAAUGUCAGAAAACGCUGAUUUAAACCCCUCAAUAAUGUAGAUGUACUUCUUUCCCAUGUUUUAUAUCGUAGUUAACUGUCUACUUUGUUUUUGAAGUAACACAUUAAGACGUAAGACAUGGGUUUUUAAAAACUGGGAUGGAGAUUUUCAACUAUAUUUUUGCAAUUUUAAAGAACGAUCAAUACAUGGCGGAUUCAUUGAUAAUGAACAUAAGCGUUAGUUACAGUAUAUACUGUAUAUUUUAUUUUGCAUGUUUUAAAGUUUCCUUCCCACUUUGUGCUCAUAUCGUUUCUAAAUCAAUGAGGGUCUUCACUCACCAUAUACACUGACAGGAACCCAUCAUGGAAGAAUUUCACAGUGCAGUGGCCUCAUAUAGACCCCCCUUUGCUGAAUUUAAUCACACUUCAGUGGAGACUAAAUAUAGUGUAUUUUGUGUCAUCCUAUUGGACCACUUUCAACAGGACGGUUCACUGGUUUAGAGGAGUUGCGCUGUCAUCAUCAUUGUAAACAGAUUUUAGCAUUGGUAUAUUUGUGUAUCGAUCAUUUACUUUUCUUGGAGCAUAUUAUUUAAUUGGUGAUUUUAACACAAGGUGAGAAGACAAGAAGGGAAAACAAGUUUGGACUUUUUGCAAUUCAAUUUCUGUAUUCCUCUAAUAUCUCCUGAAUUGGUAUAUAAGUUUGUAUAUUAUGCAUCCUCGAUAUUUCCAGAGAGUUAUUUAUAAUUCAAUAAAGAAAAUAUGAAAAUGUA